CUGGGCGCUUGGUUUCAUCAGUGUACUCCACACUGGCAGCACCGCUACUAGCAACUCGCGUUCACACCUACCCUGCCGAGGAAACCACCUCACCAACCGAGGCACCAACGUUCAGCCCUAGUGCUGAUAACUUUCGUCCGUCGCGGUUGCAGUAAAAGGUCUAACCACGGAUAAAAUCAGAGAAUGGACAAUUAAGAUGACGGAGAACACUCCACUGUCACCGCGACGCCAGAGGGCGGCCCCUCCGCCAACGCCCCCCACAGACCCCGGGGGCACGGCUGGAGGGGGCCCGCCGCACCCUGGGCCCCCUGGCCCAAAUGCCUCAGGCUCCAAACCGCCACCCGGGCCACCUGGCGCAGUCGACAAACGCCUGCAGAAGAUCUUCAAGAAGUGCGAGAGUGCAACGUUCCAGCUGGAUGGCGCUAUCUACACCAUAGGUGGGUGCAGAAAUGAGUCGCUUGAUGAUAAUCAACGAGCCCUGAGUGUGGCAAGUCCUCCUGAGCGAGCUCACAGUAAAGACGACGGUAUUGCAACAAGUCCCUCGAAAGAGCAAGCAACCCCCAACCAACAAUCCGUCAAUCAAAAUGGACAGUUGAACAAGCAAGGAUCGCUGACGAUAGUUCGACGAAGUAGCACAAAAAAACAACAACAGCAACAACAGCAGCAGCUGCAGUCGCCAAGUAGCGAAGGGCCGAGAGCCGCCUCUGUAAGCGAGGAGGUUUUGAAAGACGUGGACCUGGAAACAGAAAAUCUGCCUCCAAUCGACACACCCGACGCCUGCGAUAAAGCCGCGCUUAGAUUACGAUGUCUUCUAAAACAACUUCGUGGAGGAGAAAUUUCCGCAGACGUCCUCCAAAAAAAUCUUGAAUACGCUGCAAAAGUGCUUGAAGCUGUCUUCAUAGAUGAAACCAAAUCACUGGUAAGCCAAAACAGCGUCACUACUGAUCAACUAGACUCAGGGGACAAGACUCUCCGACCUAAGAUAAGAUCGAGACGGUUAGCGGACGAGGAUGACGAGCUGUCGGAGGUGCAGCCGGACGCGGUGCCCCAGGAGGUGCGAGAGUGGCUGGCGUCCACGUUCACGCGGCAGCUGGCCACCACGCGGCGCAAGAACGACGAGAAGCCCAAGUUCAAGUCGGUGGCGCAUGCCAUCCGCGCUGGCAUCUUCGUCGACCGCAUCUAUCGGCGCGUCGUCAACACAACGGCCGUCGAGUUCCCCAUGGAGGUCGUCAAGAUACUCAAGCUUCUCGACGAGUGGUCAUUCGAUGUUUUCCAGCUGAACGAAGCUGCCAACGGCCAGCCCGUCAAAUAUUUGGGAUACGAUUUACUUAAUAGAUACGGAAUUCUACAUAAGUUCAAAGUGAAUCCACAAACAAUGGAGAAUUUUCUAAAUAAAAUCGAAGAAGGUUACUGCAAGUACAAAAACCCCUACCACAAUAACCUCCAUGCGGCUGAUGUUGCUCAAAGUAUACACUACAUGCUUUGUCAAACAGGGCUCAUGAAUUGGUUGACGGAUUUGGAGAUCUAUGCAACGUUGAUAGCAGCACUCAUUCAUGAUUACGAGCACACGGGCACAACAAACAACUUUCAUGUCAUGUCAGGAACAGAGACGGCUCUAGUUUAUAACGACAGGGCAGUGCUAGAGAAUCAUCACAUCAGUUCAACGUUUAGGUUACUAAGAGAAGAUGAGAACAAUAUUCUUCACGCUCUUUCUAGAGCUGAAUUCAGGGAGUUCAGAUCACUUGUCAUCGACAUGGUUCUAGCUACAGACAUGAGUUCUCAUUUUCAACAAAUAAAGAACAUGAAGAAUUUAUUAUCUCUGGCUGAGCCUAGUGUUGACAAAUCGAAAGCUUUAUCGUUAGUUUUACAUUGUUGUGAUAUUUCUCACCCAUCGAAGAGGUGGGAUCUGCACCACCAGUGGACGUCACUUCUGCUGGAAGAGUUCUUCAGACAAGGAGACAAAGAAAACGAAUUAGGCCUUCCCUUCAGUCCUCUCUGUGAUAGAAAAAAUACAUUUACAAUAGAAAACUCUGUCAUAUUAAUUGGGAUUUUUGCAGGUUUUAUAGACUUCAUUGUAGACCCCAGUAUGUCAGUGUGUAGUGAUAUGCUUGAGGUAAUCCUAACGCCAAUCCUUGGACAACAAGAUGCCCAACCAAAUGAUGAGCACCACAAAAGUAAUAAAGGUGAACCUCUAUGUGAGACACCAGGUACAUUCGUUCUGAAGAAGCCGUGGAUCGCAUGUCUUGCCGAAAACAAGAGGAUUUGGAAGGAAAAAGCAGCACAAGAUGCAGAAGCGAGAGCAGCAGCGGCAGCAGCUGAGGAGGCAGACAAAGAGAAGAGCGAAAAAAGCGAAGAGUGAAGUGAAAGCGAAAAUGCUGAAUAAUGGGCUCACAACAGCGAACAGCGCAUGUGCAGCGCUGCGCUCGCCACCGGGGCUCACAACUGCAGCGAACAGCGCAUGCGCAGCGCUGCGCUCGUCACCGGGGCUCACAAUAAGGCCAAGCACCAAAUUGAAGGCUGUGUUUUAUUUACGAAUAAAGUUUAAUAAAUUAACAUAAAAAUAGGCUGACAUUAAUUAUUAGUUCAAAUGACUAACUAUCGGAUAAUAUAAUUAUGCAUGCUGAAUACCUUGUGUAGAAGAAGCGUAUUUUGCCAGCAAUAUACUUAAUAAGUUCCAGAAAUGAUAUUUUUCAUCCUUGUUGAUAAUAAUAGAAUCUUGUUCAAACUAUUGUUAGGCUGUAUCGUAACGAUAGGCUAUUGUGAGUUUGGUGAGUGAGAGAAUGCGAUUAGACUACGUUAGUUUAGUGAAUGAGUGAUUGAUUCCACACCAUCAGCAAAGUUCACGCCCAGAAGAGCAUCGAAUCUCUUCUAACGAACCUAGUUAUAAUUUUCUUUAGUGCAAUAUUCGACUAUCGAUAUCAUUUUCUGAAAUUCAAUUUUUGUAUUGAAAUUAUGAAGAAUUUGUUACGAUCAUGACCUACCCAGUUACCAUUCUAUUUUCCAUGUCCAUUCUCAAAUCGCAAUUGAAAUCAUUUUUUUACUUAUUUACGGUAGGCUACUUCCACAGAUGUUAUAUUCUUAGUUGUAGAAGAAUUUCCUUCCUAACUUGUCUAGGACAAUAAUAGUCGAUUCAUGAAAAAUUUUCAAUUUUAAUCAUUUUGCUAUUGAUUAUUUUUUGUGGAAUAUGAAUAUCUUUAAUAAUGGUUCAAUCCAGAUGUAUUUCUUACUGAAACAGCCAGUUAAUCUCAAUCAAAUUACUCAUUCAAAUUAUAUAUCGUAUUAAAAAGACAUUCUGUAAGAAUAACCAGCUGAAUUAUAAAAUAUCCCGGAAUAUUUUCAAUUUUUUUAUUAUAAUGGAAGAAAUUAAAGUGUUAAUAUAGUAUUUUAAACGUUAAGAUUGGAGAUGUGUUAAAUUAAUACAUUUUAUAUAGGUUUGAAUUUGUGCGAAAACAUGCACAAAGCAUCUUCAUCAACAAAUUAAUUUUCUCUCAAGCAAAAUCUCCAGUACACUUCAACCAUCCCACAAAAUACUUUUGAUGUCUGAUGCUUUGAUUCAAGUUUGUCUUGACUCCAAUAAUCUCCAAUGGUCCUUAAAUCGGUUGGUGUUUAAACCUUCCUCUCAGAGAUUCUUGAAUCUGAAUAAUAGCACUUAAUGCAUCACCAGACGUUAGAUUUCAAAGUAUGAUUGUCUAGUCGUGAUUGUUUUCCUAUACUGAAUUGUUCCAAAACAUAAACAAUGUCUCUGGUUCAUUAAAACCUCUCAUAUCAUUUAAAACCCUAAUCCUUCAUCUUCUUCUGUAAGAUAGAACUUGAUUCCAAUUUCCAACAAAUUGGAUAAUUGUUCAUUCCUAGUAGUUUUUGAACUUUCCUUUGAUCAGCAUUCACUGCAUAAUCACUGCCAUCAUCAGAUUCAACAUCAUUUCUUGUACAGGGGUUUUCCCCUGGCUUUGCUCUUGCUUAUCUUUUUCAUGACAUUCUUCUCAUUCACAUUUGCAUUUGACAUGCAGGCACUGACAAUCGCUGUCUGCCGCUUGGAAUCACUCUUCCUUUGUAUCAUUACUUAUUCAGUAUCACUAAGAUUCGUCGCUCAGUAUUGGGAAUCGGCAGGCCUAAUCUCAUCCGUGUUUAUUGUUAUGUCUAUUUGAUAUAAUAUAUGUAUUUUUCUUUCAUGAAAACAUGACACGUUAACGUAAAUUUCAAAUGUGGAUAUUUUUAUCAUUAAAUGGUGGAUCAAGUGUAGAUUUAUACGUCAAUACCGUUUAAUCUUUACUCACAACAUUUAGGAGUUUUUUAUUGUUGAAUAAAACUAUUAUCUCUCAUGGUGAUGUUUUUUUUAAAUCUCAUUCAACUAUGUUGAAGCAUCACUAGCAAAAUUCAUCAUAUGAUGUUUGUAGGAAUUGUAAUUUACUACAAUAUUUGUUUGUUCUUAUCAUGGAGUUGAUAGCGGGCUAUUUACUGCACCUAAAAAACUAGUACAAUAAUAAUGUAUGAGAGUCACUGCAAAACUCAGCUGGUUUGAUUUUUGCAGUGAUCUUCUCGUAUUGUUUUUCUAUCAUCUUGAAUGUUCAUAGAUUUAAUGGAUUAUGAAAUGUAUGUUGUUGAAAUUAACUAUUACUCUGAAUUUAUUUCAGUAACUGUAUUUUGUUAUUGACUAUUUUAUGAAUGUCACCCGGAACAAUACCGGUACCUAAAUGUGGAAAUUAGUAAGAAUGAAUCGUGUUUUCAAUAGAGAAAUUUACAAAACUUGGAACUAUUUGUAUAAUUUAAUUUUUCUUUAGCUCCUGAAUAUGGUAAUUUAUUAGGAGUUCUAGACUAGGAAAGUUCAUAACGAAGUAGGUCUAAUCAGUUUUUUAGUAACCAACCAGUUUUUGUUCUGAACUGUCAAAUAUAUUCGUUUUGUUUGUGUGGUGGAUAAAGUAAUGAAUGUGUGUUAUCGCAAUAAAAUAAUAUUAUGAACUAUUGAAGUCGUUAUAACUAAUGUGUUUUCGAGAAAAUGUAGCUUGCUCCUUUUCUAGCAAGUACAUUGUGGCCGUAUUCGGUCUCACUCUUCAUAAACUCGAAGUGAAGUUUUUCUUCAUCAGGGUUGUAGGAUGCACCAAUAAUAAAAUUAGAUAUUUUCUUGAUAAAACUAACUUCCCAAAUAAUAAGCCUAAUGUUCUAUCAGUAAAGUUUAUAGGCCUAUUUAGUAUAAAUUUUCACUCCCUCAUUCUUUGUAGAUUGUAAAAAAAACAUGUCAUAGAAUAUCAUUCGCAUCACAAGUGAAGAUUUUUGUAACAGACAAUUGUUAUUUUAAAAUUUAUUCUAUGAUAAAAAUCAAUUAACUUUAACCUUCUCAUCCUCGAAUGAUAAAUCAAUAAAUUUAAUUGUAUUGAUUCUGUAAAAACAUAUUACCUAGGUUAAACCAAUAACGAUACAAUGGAUCUAAUUCUAUUGUCCAAUCAUACAAAUGAACAACAUAGUUUUUGAAUUAUGAGAUUAAAUAUCGUAGACUACCUUUCUCAAUAGAUGUCAAAUCAAACCCUUUUAUAAAUAAAUUGCGAAGCAUACAAUAUGACUUUUCAUUGAAUAGAUUAAUUCAUUUUUAAUAAGUUAACCAGUAUUGCUAUUUCCACUUCAUCACUUUAUUAGAAAUGAAAAACAUAGGAUUUUUUCUUAUACAGUAGCCUACAGUGUGUAAUUACAUGAAAACCAUGAAUUUAAAAGAAAUCUCGUCACGAGUCCAUGUUCACCUUCUCAAAACCAUAUAUCAUGUUUUAAUCGUAUUAGUGAUUAUUGUUACCAAGUAUAACUACAGCUAUUCUAUCAGUGUUUUGUAAUUCUAAGAGUGAUAGAACUAUUAUAAUGUUGCGAUUAUUUUUCUACUGUAAAAUAUGUAAGUAAUCAAUGUGAUUUGAAACUUUAUCAUUUUAUGAUUUCAAGGCAAUAGAUUCCUCAUAAGUUCGAGCGUAGCGGGUUUAUAUAUAAGUGAUAAGGUUAUAAUUAUCAUUAUGAUCAUUAUCGUUUAUGUGGCUAUAACUAUAAUAGUAUAUAUGCGUACAAUUAUUGUGUGAGAAAAAUAUCCCAAAAUGUAAAGUGAUUGUCCUUAAUGAAUGCAACUAACUGUUAUUGUAUGAAUAAUCAUUAAUAACAUUGUACAUGUUGAUACAGGGUUGGCCUAGAGAUUAUUCAAAUCAAUCAUGAAAUUAAUUAGAUUCAAUAAUAAUUAUUUUAUUAAAAAUUUUUUGUUCAAUAGAAUUAGAUAUAAUUACUCGCAGUCUUUAAAAUUCAUGAAUAGAGAUUUUCUUGAAAUGAUAAUCCCAGACAAAAUAAUAUAAUUUGAAUUACCUAUCAUAAAUAGACAGAAAAAAGUCGCCAUCUUUCUCACAUAAGUUUUUGUAAUAAUAAUAAAGUGAUGAAAAUAAUAAUAAUGAACCAUCCAUUGCUUUUCCUGCAUCGAGCAUUACAUAGGCCUACAUCAGGAAAUCUCAUUUUUUCACAUUAUUAUUAGGCUUGUUUAGUAACAGAACACCAGUGAUUAUAAAUUAUGUGUGAUCAACAUUUAAGUAGUAUUUCGCAAGCUCAACAGAUUAUCCAGUUUUAUGAACACUGGAAUCAAUAGAACUGUAAGGAAACAAUAAUAAUUCUAGAAUAAAAUUGAAUGAAAAAUUAUUGCUUUUGGCCAAAAAUCAGCAGUGUACGUUAUAAUAAUUCUACUCUUAGUACUGUAGGUGUUAUCUAUGAAAUAAAAUUAAAUAUAAUUUUACACUUCAAGUGUGAUGAGCUUUUAUUUUGGUACCGUAUCUUAUUCUCAUUUCGAUGCUUUUCUCUCCAACGUAAUGGUACAAAUUGUGUUCUUUAUUAGGUCAUUUUAGGUAAUCGUAUUUGAACUAAUAAUAGAAACAAAUCAGAUUAUGAAAGAAUUUAAUGUAAGUUAGACUGAGAGAUUUAAACUCUAUAAUAUCACCCUGUAUCAACUACUAGAGUAAUAAUAUCUUGAACUGUCCUAAUAAAAAAUUAUGUUGUAAGUUGAUGCUCUUCUCCAACCAAGUUUCCGAUCCACCAGAAUAAAUUAAGUAUUAGCUAGCGUCUAAGUUUAGCCAUUGGUAAGGGACCAUUCUUUGUCAUUUUAGUGAUAUUCAGCUGCUAACCGGGAACAUUGCUGCUUUAACUUACUUUCAUUCAAUAGAAAAGAUGAAGCACUCAUUGCGAAUGAAUAAAUUAUACAACAUCUCAUUACCAGUAAAACUAUUGUUGGAAAAUACGUUGGAUAAAAAGUAAAUAAUUAAUAAGUAGAUGAAUGAUCGAAAACAUACAUAAAUGUAAACGAAUACCGUAGAUUGAUGCUUUUCUUCAAUGCACAUACUGUAGUUAGAAAUCAAGUGACUAAAGUAGUCAACACUGUAAUGUAAAUAAUAUUGUAAAAAUAUCUACGGUACGCUUCAAAAAUAAUUAUUUAUCUACUCUAAGUCUAAAAAUGAAAUCAAAAUAAAAACUUGAACCAUACCUUGGCCUUAAUGCUGUUUGUUAUGAAUUAUUGUAUUGUAGCCAUCUACCUUAUAGGAUUAUGGUUGGAAUUGACACAAUUUUGUCGUCUUCAAUCCUUUUAUUUAGAAAGUUAUAGAUAAGAUCAAUUCUCAAAAAUCCAAUUACUUCCUAAUCCUAAUAGAAAUAAAAUGGAAAUAGUAAGGUGAAGUUGAAGGUUUUUUUUUUAAAAAAAAAGGUUUCCAUUUCCAUUUUAUUUUUAUUGCUAAAAUUAGCCCUUGUUAUAAUUAUAUUCCUAGUCCUAAUAUGAAUAAAAAUUCAAAAUUGUUAUACUAUAAAGAUAUAUCAUUUACAGUAUCGAAAUUUCAAUCAAUUUGAAAUUUGUUACCCUACAAUAUUAUUAAUUUAUCUUGAAAAUUCUAUUAUAAAUUAUAACAUAUCCUUCUCCCUUAACAUUAUAAAAACCGCAGGCAUAUAAUAAUUUAAAAUGACUUUUGCACUCGUAAUUUGUAACUGAAUAAUGUUACUAUCCUUGAAAAUUGUAAAUAUGAAGAUACAGAAAUAAAUCUUUAUCUAGUGUUGUAUUUA